AUGUCCUCAUCUGGUGAUGGUAUUGGAGAAUUUGAAAUUAUUUUCACAAAUGAGUCAACCAGCAAAGAUGACGGCUACCUAAUUGGACUGAUCCAGGCCAAAUUCUGCAGAAGUCUUCGAAAUGCAAAAUUAUUUUUCCAGACAGAAGCAAUUGUUCAUUAUAACCUCAACAAACCAGAUAGAAAGGUCAUAUUACUAACCAAAAAUAGCCCUGAUGACUGCCAAAAGCACCUGUCAUUCACCCAGACCAAAUUAGUGAAAAAUAUAGACAUAGAGGCCAAUGAAACUCAAACAUAUAAAUUCUGUAUCAACUUUCUUCCUGACCAACUACCAACAUUUAUUAGCAAGUAUGGUACCAUAUUAUAUAAAGCAUCAGUUCUACUAAACUUGGGUCCAGUUUGUGAAAAUGGAAAUAAAGUUAAUGAUAAGAAAAAUGGCAAUAGCAAUAAUGAUGAUCUCACAUUGGCCAGUGUAAUUGCAUCUGCAUAUUAUAAAGUGCCAUCAAAGUUGAAUUUGAAUGUCUUGCCUGAAGCAGCUACAAGAAUUAGCAUCACAAAGCAUAUUCCUCUUGGUAAGGGAAACUGUUUGUCAGAGAAAAGUUUAAAAGUUAACUGGUUCAUAAAUAAAUCAGGAUUCACUAUCGGUGACAGCAUAGAUAUCAAAACGACAAUCACAACAACUAUAGAAAACUGUAAAUAUGAACUUAACAAUGCUGUUUUGUACCAAGUCAUAGUGUACAAUCCAGGCCCCACGAAACAAUACCAAAGAACCGAGUUAACUCGAGGAAUUGUGAUGAGUAAAGUUAAGAAGAAUGAAGAUUUGAUAAUCAAUGAGAACAUGUACAUCCCUGAUGAUGUUGAAUGCUCAACUUCUAGAUGUGUAAAAUGUUGGAUUGAUAUAUACUAUGAGAUUGAGUUUUCUAUAACCUUAGCAUCAUUGAAAAAGACAAUAGUAGAGAAAGCCGAAAUAUACAUCGGCUCAAAUCCACUUAAUUUUGAGGAUCUCUUACGAUAUGCAUCACUAACAUACAACAUACCAAUGAAACCGCUCUCGUCAUCGUCAUCGUCCUCGUUUCUUACCCCAUUGGGGAACUUUUUCACACCAUCUGCACCACCGCCGCCACCGUAUUCCAGAGAAGAUUUAUCACUGACGUCACCCCCGUCAUCAGCUGAUAUCUGCCUGAUUAGUAAUCCUGAGAUGAUUUCUCCUAAAUCUAAAAUAAUUUGA